AUGCCAUCUGUCAAGAACCCAAACGCUCUCUCCAAGAACCGCCUAGCUGCCCGCGCCGCCAAACAACGUAAAACAGCCCGACAAGCCUCAAAACAGGGUCGCCUCGAAAAACGAGGCGGCCUCGUCGCCAAAGCGGAUGCCCGCCGUGGGGCCCGCCCGGGCCUGCUUCCGACCAGCGGGCCGCGCGCGGCGAUCAGCAAGAAGAAGGCGCGCAAGUUGGAGAGAGCAUUGGGGCAUGCGAUGAAGCGAAAGAUGGAGCAGGAAGGGGUAGUGGGGAUGGCUGUGGAUACGCCAGCCGAGAAAAAGGACGAAGAGAAAACCGAUGCCAGCGCCGGUGCCGAGAUGGACAUCGCGUGA